GCCGGGUGACGGCGGCGGCUCCUUCCGGGCGGUGACGGCGACGCCGGCCGCGUCCCUCGCUCUCAAAAUGGCGGACGGAGGCGACGGAGGCCCCGGCGCGGCGGGAGCAGCGGGCGGCCGCGUCCCCGUGCAGCCCCAGGAGCGAGCCAUGUGGUGCGAUGAAAGAUUCAACUUCCAAGCAACGUUUUUACAGUGCUUGGCAAAACAUGUGCCAAAUAUUUACUCAGCUGAAAUGGACCCCUUGCUGGAGAAACAAGAAGAAAUGGUCCAGGCAGCAAUAUUAUACCCCUUGGAAUGUUAUUUGUUUGGGGAAGACCCAGAUAUAUUCCUGGAGAAACUACAACAGAGUGGAACUUCCCAGCUCUGUGGGAAGGUGUUCAAAGGAGGGGAGACAACGUACUCUUGCAGAGACUGUGCAGUUGAUCCAACUUGUGUACUCUGUAUGGACUGCUUCCAGAACAGCAUUCACAAGAACCACCGGUACAAGAUGCAUAGCUCCACUGGAGGUGGAUUUUGUGACUGUGGGGAUACAGAGGCAUGGAAGGCUGGACCACUGUGUACUAAACAUGAGCCUGGAGCAUCAGGUUCUGCAAAAGAAAAUUCUGAAUGUCAGUUGAAUGAAGAAAUUAUGGAGCACUCUAGGAGAGUGUUUCCCUCUGUGAUAAAAUACAUUGUAGAUAUGCUUAUAUGGGAAGAAGAGAAGGAACUGCCUCCGGAGCUCACAACUAGGGAGAAGGUAGACAGCUACUACUGUGUCCUUUUCAAUGAUGAACAUCAUUCUUAUGAUCACGUCAUCUAUAGCCUGCAAAGGGCACUUGGCUGCGAACUCGGUGAAGCCCAGUUGCAUACUACUGCCAUAGAUAAAGAGGGUCGCAGGGCUGUUAAGGCAGGGCAUUAUGCCUCUUGUCAGGAAGCAAAAGAAGAAAUCAAGAGGCAUUCUGAAAAUGUUUCUCAACGACCACUUCAUGUGGAGGUUCUGCAUGCUGAUGUUAUGGCUCACCAGAAGUUUGCCUUACGCCUGGGUUCUUGGCUGAACAAACUCAUGAGCUACUCAAGUGACUUUCGCCAGAUCUUUUGUCAAAUAUGUCUCAAAGAAGAAGCUGGAUCUGAAAAGCCAUGCUUCAUAAGCAAGUUGAUGCUAUGGGAUGCAAAACUUCACAAAGGGGCAAGGAAGGUUCUUCAUGAACUUAUCUUCAGUAGUUUUUUCAUGGAAAUGGAAUACAAAAAACUUUUUGCUGUAGAAUUUGUGAAGUAUUACAAAGCAUUGCAAAAAGAAUACAUCAGUGAUGAUCAUGACAGAGUUCUCUCUGUGACUGCACUCUCGGUUCAGAUGUUCACUGUACCUACUCUGGCCCGACAUCUUAUUGAAGAGCAAAAUGUAAUCACAAUCAUUACUGAGACACUCCUAGAAGUGCUUCCAGAGUACCUAGACAAAAAUGACAAGUUCAACUUCCAAGGUUACAGUCAGGACAAACUGAACCGGGUAUAUGCAGUAAUAUAUGACCUCAGGUAUGUCUUAGUCAGCAAGCCCACUUUAUGGACAGACCGUCUGAGGGAGCGGUUUUUAGAUGGAUUUGUUUCUUUCCUAAGGAUUCUAACUUGCAUGCAGGGAAUGGAAGAGAUAAAAAGACAGAUUGGUCAGCACAUUGAGGUGGACCCUGACUGGGAAGCAGCUAUUGCUAUACAGAUGCAGCUCAAGAACAUUCUUUUGAUGUUCCAGGAGUGGUGUGCCUGUGACGAAGAGCUGUUGCUCAAGGCCUACAGAGAAUGUCAUAAAGCUGUGAUGAGGUGCAGCACAAAUGGCCGUUCACGGGAAAAGACAGUGUUUCACUUGUGUGGCCACACUCUAGAGAGCAGACCCUACAGAGUGUCUGCAGAUCCUGUCAGCAUACAUUUACCACUGUCUAGGACUCUUGCUGGCCUUCAUGUACGAUUAAGCAAGACUGGAACCAUCUCAAGAUUGCAUGAGUUUGUUUCUCCUGAAGAAUUCCAAGUGGAGCUGCUAAUAGAAUAUCCUUUGCGAUGUCUUGUCUUGGUUGCUCAGGUUGCUGCAGAGAUGUGGAGAAGGAAUGGGCUCUCCCUGAUAAGCCAGGUAUUCUAUUAUCAAGAUGUUAAAUGCAGAGAAGAGAUGUAUGAUAAAGACAUCAUCAUGCUCCAGAUAGGUGCAUCUCUUAUGGAUCCAAACCAGUUCCUCCUGCUGAUACUGCAGAGAUAUGAGCUUGCUGAUGCUUUCAAAAAGAUCAAGCCCACCAAAGACCAAGAUUUGAUCAAACAAUGUAAUGUGUUAAUAGAAGAGAUGCUACAGAUUCUCAUCUAUGUUGUGGGGGAAAGAUAUGUGCCUGGAGUGAGUAAUGUGACCAAAGAAGAUGUUAUCAUGAGGGAAAUCAUUCAUCUGUUAUGUAUUGAACCAAUGGCUCACAGUGCAAUUACCAAGUCCUUGCCUGAAAAUGAGAACAAUGAAACUGGCUUGGAGAAUGUAAUUGAUAAAGUGGCUACAUUUAAGAAACCAGGUGUAUCUGGCCAUGGAGUUUAUGAACUGAAAGAUGAAUGCUUGAAGGAGUUCAAUAUGUUCUUUUAUCAUUAUACUAAGACCCAGCACAGCAAGGCUGAACAUACACAAAAGAAAAGAAGAAAACAAGAAAACAGAGAUGAAGCAUUGCCACCACCUCCUCCUCCAGACUUCAGUCCUGCGUUCAGCAACGUGGUGAGGAUUCUGAACUGUGAUGUUAUGAUGCACAUACUGCGGACCAUUCUUCAGAGAGCAGUAGAACUAGAAACCCACUUGUGGACUGAAGCUAUGAUCCAAAUGGUGCUUCAUCUGCUUUCUUUAGGGUUACUAGAAGAGAAACAGCAGUUACAGACGUCUCCAGAAGAAGAAGUAACCUUUGAUUUUUAUCACAAAGCAACACGAAUGGGAAGCUCGGCCUUGAAUGCUGUGAGCGUGUUAACGCUUCUGGAAAGAUUAAAAAGGGUUCCUCAGUUAGAGGCUCAAAAGGACACAGUCAAUUGGAUACUGCAGAUGUUUGACACAGUGAAAAGAUUGAGAGAAAAAUCUAGUUUGACAACAGUAGCAGCUACAUCAGGAUCAGAAGCUACAAAAGGUGAUGAGACACAGAGCACUCAGGAUAAAGAGAAAGCUGAGCGGAAGAGAAAGGCAGAAGCAGCUAGGUUGCACCGUCAGAAGAUAAUGGCUCAGAUGUCUGCACUACAGAGGAAUUUCAUUGAAACCCAUAAGCUGCUGUACGAGAACACACUGGAGGCACAGGGGAAAGAAGAUGCUAUUAUGGAGGAAGAAAGCAUGUCUUCGACAAUUGAUUGCUCCAAAAUUGCUCUGGGUCCCAAACGAGGUCCUUCUGUUGCUGAGAAAGAAGUUCUGACCUGUAUUCUUUGUCAGGAGGAGCAGGAAGUGAAGUUGGAAAGUGCUGCCAUGGUAUUAUCUGCCUGUGUCCAGAAAUCUACUGCCUUAACUCAGAAUAGGAGCAGAAUUCUUGAACUCUCAGGAGAUACGUUAGAUCCUCUCUUCAUGCACCCUGACUUACCUUGUGGGACCCACACAGGAAGCUGUGGUCAUGUGAUGCAUGCAGCCUGCUGGCAAAAGUACUUUGAAGCCAUGCAGCUGAACUUCCGACAACGUCUGCAUGUUGAACAGAUAUUUGACUUGGAGAAUGGAGAGUAUCUCUGUCCACUUUGCAAAUCUCUGUGCAAUACUGUGAUUCCUAUCGUUCCAUUGCAGGCUCAAAAAAUAAACAGUGAGGAUGCAGAGGCAGUAGCUCAAAUUCUGUCACUGGCUAGGUGGCUGGAGAUUAUCAUAGUCAGGAUAUCAGGCUACAGUGUGAAAAAUGCUGAAGGAGAGAAAGAAAAUCUUCCAGCUUUCACCAACAAGGGAAUGGGAAACUCUGCUUUGGAAUUCCAUUCCAUCCUUAGUUUUGGAGUUCAGUCCUCAGUGAAAUACUCAAGCAGUAUCAAGGAGAUGCUUAUUCUCUUUGCCACCACCAUUUAUAGAGUUGGUCUAAAAGUUGCUCCAAAUGAAGCUGAUUACCGGAUUCCUAUGAUGACAUGGAGCACAUGUGCUUUUACCAUCCAGUGUAUAGAAAACCUCUUGGAAACAGAGGGCAAGCCUUUAUUUGGAUCUCUACAAAAUAGACAGCACAGUGGCCUUAAAGCAUUAGUGCAGUUUGCAGCUGCUCAGAGAACAACAUCGCCACAGGUCCUGAUUCAGAAACAUCUGGUUCGUCUUCUAGGAGUUCUUCUACCAAACUUUAAAGCAGAGGACACUCCAUCCCUCUUAGAAGUAGAUAUGUUCCACGUUUUGGUGGGAGUUGUGUUAUCCUUUCCAUCUUUAUACUGGGAGGAUGCUGUAGACUUGCAACCUUCAUCAAUUAGUUCAGCCUAUAACCACCUCUACCUCUUCCAUCUGACAACACUGGCACAUAUAACACAAAUCGUCGUCUCUUCAGCAACAGAAUCCCCUACUGUUCAAUCAUCGGACAACAGUGAGGAGGCACGAUCUGCAGAGUCUUUCUGUAGAGAGGCUUGCCAGUACACCAGUGGUUGCUUCGGUCAGGAUAUUCCAGGCUGGUUUGUGUGGGAUUGUGUUAAAAAAGGCAUCAUGCCUUACCUUCGUUCUGCUGCUUUAUUUUUUCAUUAUUUGCUGGGAGUUUCUCCACCAGAGGAACUACUACAAGUUUCUGAAGAAGGGCAAUUCAAGGCACUUUGUAGUUAUCUCUCUCUACCUACCAACUUGUUCCUGCUCUUCCAGGAAUACUGGGACACAGUAAAUCCACUGCUUCAAAGGUGGUGUACUGACCCAGUGGUGUUAAGUUCUUUGAAGGGGAAAAGUAUUGCAAUAAGGUAUCCUAGGAAAAGAAAUAGCUUAAUAGAGCUUCCUGAAGACUAUAGCUGCCUUCUGAACCAAGCCUCUCAGUUUAGAUGCCCGCGGUCUUCUGAUGAUGAACAAAAACAUCCAGUAUUGUGUUUAUUCUGUGGGGCUAUGUUAUGUUCCCAGAAUACUUGCUGUCAGGAACUGGUGAAUGGGGAGGAGCUGGGAGCCUGUACUUCUCAUGCUCUGCAGUGUGGAGCUGGAGUCUGUAUGUUUCUCAAAAUCAGGGAAUGCAAAGUUGUCCUCAUUGAAGGUAAAACAAGGGGCUGCUUAUAUCCUGCUCCCUACUUGGAUGAAUAUGGAGAAACAGAUCCAGGACUGAAAAGAGGCAAUCCUCUGCAUUUAUGUCGGGAGCGUUACCGGAAGCUCCAUCUGCUAUGGCAGCAACACUGCAUCAUAGAGGAGAUUGCUAGGAGCCAAGAAACAAAUCAGAUCUUCUUUGGAUUCAACUGGCAACUGCUCUGAGUCUCUUGAUUUUUAGUCAAAACUCUUACUUUGGGCAGUGCUUUGGAAAAGGGAAGGAGGGUGGCAGCAAAUAAUCCACUCUCAAGUGGAUUCUGUAGUUCAGACUCGAUGGAUUCUCUAGGUUGGAUGUAUUACUGACACACCGAAACAAAAAUCUCACAUCGUAUGUUUUGCUUUAUUUUUUUCUUUUCCCCAAAAGAAACACCAAAUUAUACAAUUACUACUGAACAUCCAGGUUCAGAAAUAUUUCCACUUUUUUGAGGACUUGUAAUUGUUUCACGUGUUUCAACAAGGACAAGCUUCCCAAAUGCUGUGCUUCAGGGCACAUACCACAUUUUUGUCUCUUCCAUGCCUUGAGAAUAUACCCGAAUGGUGUUGCUAUGGAAAAGCCUCCUUUACUUUCUCCCUAGGUUCUUUUCCAAAGCUUAGUGAAGCUUUUAAAUAGGUCAGGGUCUGUGGCAUAACAUUGGAGUGGAAAUGGUGCCAGGCCUUUAGUAAUCUGCAGCAACAGGUACAACAAACAUUCAGUUGUACAGAAAAAGCCUUCAUUCAGUUAUGUCCUGGGAUUUAAUAAGAGUUUUCUUUAAUAAACUCUUUAAAGGAGAAGUAUGGGAUAGAAAGUGCAUGGGGGAAUUACCAUCUUGCUUGUUGCAUCAAAAAAUAAAGUCUGUGCUUUUUGCAUUGCCAGAACUGCACUUUAUCUAAUGAAUUUGUUCUCUCUUAACAUUGCAUAUCUUAAGAGGUCUAGGGCUACACCAUUUGGCUAGGUUGUGUUUAGUUUUACUUCUUUUACAGUUUGUUUUCUGAGAUUUUCCCCAAGACCCCAACAUAAAAAUACUGUUAGGUAGUUGUAGUGUAGCUCUGCAAGUUAUACAAGAGCCAGAGACUUCAGCGAAGUAGAUGACCUCCAAAACUAUCACUGGGCUAAAAUUAAGGCCCAAAAAGCAGCAAGUUUAGAAUCAGAAAUUAGUUCGUUUGCCCAUAUUUGAGGAAUUUUCCACUCUUCAUCCUCUGUCACUAUUGUUUGGAGCCCUUCCUACAUAAAUGAACCUGUAUGUUUUGGGGGGCAUGUUCAGUGCCAGUUAGAGCAGAAGAGGGGCGGGGGGAAGGUGGCUAAGUCUGUCUCUUUGCCCUUCAGUAGUGAAUAGCACAUUGUGAUUGAACUCUCUCAAGGAUAUGUGACUGUGCUUCAGUUCUAAAUGUUUGUUGUUCUGUUUUCUGGAUUUCAACCAUAAUAUACGUGAGAGAACUUGUAAUGUGAUGGGUAAAAAUGCUUUCCCAGAAAACCCCGUUUCUGCACGGAAGUUUGAAGUUGUCAGUACUCUAAAUUUCCCCACCCUUUGCCAUUUGGGUUCUUUUGUGUCAUUUUAAUAAGACUUCCAAGGGGAGGUUUUCAAAUUAAUGUCAUUACUGUCUUGAGAGCGUGGUGGUGUAUGAUUUCUUUUUGUUUGUUUUUCUACUGAUUGUAUGAGAGAUAGUAGAAUCACAAAUAGUGAUUUAGAUUUAAAUGUCAUUGUUCUAGCUUUUUAAAGUUCUUAGAAUACAUAGGAGUGCACUGAACAGCACCAUUAACAUCUAAACAUGGAAUACCAAUGAACUCAAAUAUUGCUCUGAUUUCAAAGACUUUUUUGUAACUUUUGCUAUAAUCCUCCCCUGGUGAUAUAAAUAGUUGGCUUUGGUAUAUUUUUCAGGUAUUCUGUUUCUUGCAGUUAAGACCAUUCUCCUUAUUUUGAUUCUUUCAGUUUUUAAACCUGAAUAUGAAACUCUUUAAAGACAAACAUUAAUUCUGUCAGUCUUCUCUAAAACAUAUUUGAAAUGCAUUCUGAAUUUAGAACAACAGUUAUCAUGAAAACUUGUGUUCAGUGGUGAUUUCCAAGGACAUCAGAACACUUCUUACCAACAAAAAUAUCGGAUUAAGGCUAGCAAAUGUAUGCCUCAUUGAUACCGAAACUGUUCUCACUUACUGUUUCCCUCUGAUAUUUACCUAUUCAUUUAUCAACAACUUUCAGUUGCCUUGCACUUCACUGGUACAACAAUUCCGUUAUCGAAUAUGCAGUGAAAUCACUUUAUUUUGUUUUCUGUCUGAACUGUAGCAUAGAAGGACAGGAGCUGGGCUGAGCAGGUGAGCUCAUCUUUGAAGCUCUAGAAAUCUCUCUGUAGCUGAAGAAGAGGGAGAGGAAAGUUGCAUCUUUCUGUAUGUUUGCACAUACUAAUUUAGCAAAUGGGCUCCCGUAUCAUUCACUGACUAGUGUGGUCAUCUUUCAUUUCAUAAAUUACUAUGCAGUUUUGUUCACUGUGAGUAUAAUCUGUAUUUAGUGAUCGCAAGAUGCUUAUGCCACUGAUUUCCGUUCCAUCCAAGCUGACAGGAGAAGUUAUUUGAUAAUGCACAUAUUGGUAUCUUUAAUUGCAAAAAUGUAAAUUUGAAACUUGUAUAAUGUUCUCGUGCUUUUGAAAUAAAAUAUCUUGUAUAUGUAUAUUUAAAAACAGGAAAUAAAGUAACUUCUCAUAGACCAUUCAAUUUUUAUUUGGAGGCGCUUUGACACUUCAAGGUUCAUUUUACAAGAGCAUUAUAGCAGCAUCUGUCAGUAUGGAAAAGGAGCAGAGGUAGUAAAUGGUUGGUAAACAAUAUCAGUUAUCCUGUAGUCUGUGUCAUCAGUGAACCAGUUAGUAAUGCUGGCAUGCUUUUUCUUAUUUAAAGAAAUAUUCCCCUUGGAAUGUGUCCUAGCAUUUUACAGCUGCGAAUUCCUGCAGUGUCUACCUCAAUUUGUAAAAGAAGUCUUAAGUACAGAAUUUAAUAUUCAGAUGUCCUUACACUGAUUAGUUGAGUGAUUCUGGGUUUGUAGCUUCUCAAAGGAGAACUGGCUAUCCUGUCUGUCAGAUACUUAACCUCUAGGAAGGGAAAUUUUAUGGUGCUGGUCUAAUGUGUUAUGUGAUACUUUACUUUAAGUUUUAUUACAGAGAUGAGCAAAGAGCCAAGAAAUCUUUGACAUAGAAAUGUCAAAUGUCAAUGUUCCAAGCUGCUGGCGGUCGUCACUUCCUUGCUGCUUUGUCCUAGCUUUGGGCACCUUGGAGCUUACAGUUUGGUUGUUGAUGGUGUUACUCUCUAUGCUUAUUCCUAGUAAAUGUUUUUUAAGAACCAGCUCCUGAAAAGGCAAAAGGUAAAGGUAGAUAGAUUAAACUCUGCUAGCAAAAAUGUCAUUAAGAACAUUGGAACAAGAAGACCAUUCACUGGGGAGAAAAUAAAAGGGGAGUAAGUGGGCAGGAAUCCACAGCACCAUUUUUUGCAUAGUAAAAAUCUCAAGGUGCAGUGUAUAAAUGUACAAAAUUAUAUAGAAGAGAACUCUAAAUGCUUUGCUUUAUGGUUGAAAUCCACUUUAUUUUCUAGAACAACAUCCUUGAAUUGUCUCCAUUGUAAACUAGUCAUAUUUGUAACACAAUAUCUCAGUUUGUUACUUGGAUUCUUUUAAUGUAUUACUUGACAACAUCUUCAAAGAGACUUUCUUCAAAACUGAAAGUUGUUUCAUUUCUGUGGCACAAUGUCUUUUAUUUGUUUUUGUCUGUGUAUUGCAGGUGGGCUAAAUUUGGGGAUUGGUACAGAAAACAAAUGGAUAAUCAUGAAAAUCCAGUCCUAUACAAGUCUCUCAAACCCAGCUAUUUCUAAUCCCAGCUACACUUCUCUAAACUUACAUUCUGUAUCAUUGAAAGCCUACAUGGAAAAUAAGUUAUGUAAAGGAAAUGUGUGUGAAGGAGAGGGAGCUGAAAUUCAAAGGGAUUAUAUAUAUUAUUUUGUGUAAUGGUGAGUAAGAGGAGACCAGGUGUAAAGUUAAACAUGAAACAUUAAAACUGCACCUAAGUUUCGUAUUUAUUCAUUUUUAUUCUUCAUUUUUAUUUCUGUGACUAUUGUUCAUGAGAUCAGUGUCAAAAAAAGGAGUGUGGUUUGGGCUGUUGAAUUACAGUACAGGGUGUCAAACAACUCAGAAGCUGUCAGAGUUAAUUUAGGAGGCUUCUAGGCUCUGUGCUUGAGUGGACGAGCCUCAACAAAACGUGGCAGAGCAGGUAGUGGGGACUGUAGAUUUCAUGAUCAUUUCAAAUCCUUGCUAUCUUUGUGAAGAUCUGUGGUUAGUCUUUUACAGCAGACUGCAGAACCUUAUGUCUCCUUCCUCUUAGUAGUGCCUGAAAUGUAAUAUUAGCCUCUAUUAGCAUGAGAAUUAGUACAAUUAGUACAAGAAUUGACAUACCAUCUAGUAGCUGGAGAGAGGUCAUCCCAAUGUACCAGGGUUUCCAUUUGAAGGUUACCGUGAACAUACCGUAGCAGCCUGAGGAGUAAUCACUCCAGAU